AUGGGAGAUUUAAACUCUUCUGAGUCAAAGCAGUUCCGUAAUGGACAAAGUGAAGAAUACCAUGCUUCUGCAAGAGACGCAAUUAUCAAAAAGCUUUUUUAUGUGCUUUUGUAUAGUAGCAGGAAAGAAGAGCGAUGUGCUGGAACUGUCUGGCUAGUAUCACUUACAAAGUACUGCGGCAGUCAUCCUAUUAUUCAGAAAAUGCUUCCAGAAAUUCAGGAGGCUUUCUCUCACCUUCUUGGUGAAGAAAAUGAACUCACACAAGAGUUGGCUUCUAAAGGCAUGAGUAUUGUGUAUGACCUUGGUGACGAAUCUAUGAAACAAAAUUUGGUGAAUGCACUUGUGAAUACAUUUACUGGGUCUGGAAAACGGAAAAGAGCAAUCAAACUUAUUGAAGAUUCUGAAGUAUUUCAAGAUGGAUCUCUUGGUGAAACUUUUGUCCUGCGAUAUUUCAUCAGAUGGAAACAUUGCAGCAAGUGGAGGGUAUGCGAAGAAGCCUUUCAUUUGCUACAUAGAAAUUGGUAUUUCUGUUACUAA